UGUCCGAUGGAGCGAGCGAGUGAGAGACGGAAAAAGAUCAGAGAUGGUGCCUGAAAAUCCCAACUCCACCCUUCACACUUGAAAAUUCAGUCCGCCCUUCUGAUAGAACCAGCCCCAAAUCUCUCUUCCAUUUCACCAAAACCGGUCUUUGGUUACCAUCUCAGAGACCGAAUCUGAAACUCCCAAUCUCUAAAAAUCCCAAUUUACAACCAUCCAAACGCGCUACCGAUAGAAACAGUACAAAACCCAAUCUCUAUCCAGUUUCGGUGUAUUCCUUCAGUGUAUACGCCCCUUCUUUCCUCUCUCUAUCUCCCUUUCCUUCGGUGUAUAUACUCUCUCUCUCUCGCUCAUGUCUAUGAGAAGAAAGAAAUGGACAGAAGAGGAAGAGAGAACCCUCAUCGAGAAAUACGCUUCCAUGGUCUCGGACGGGAGUCUACCGAAGUUAAAGACCCGCGAGAAGAAGUUCCGCCCGAUCGCGAGUCACGUUAAUUCCGUGCACCACCACCGCGACCCGAUGGCUUUUCCUUUCCAGUGGUCCUGGAAGGACGCCUCCACCAAAGUCCAGAACAUGCGCCAUCAGUAUCUCCUCGUGAAGCAGAAGAUCAAGAAACCAGGGACUGCCGAUUCAGGUGGCGCUGAGGAGUUUGAUUGGGAUGAUGGCCUCUCCCACUGGCCCAAUUUCCUCAGGUAUAAGGAGGUCUUCGGGGAUGUCGAAUUGGGGCCCACCGAUUUGGUUGGGCCCCGCCGCUUGAUGGGGGGCGCCGUGCGAAUUGGCGGUCCUGGUUGCUCGGUGGAUGGCAGUUUCGGCGUUGGGUUCGAUAUGGGAGAAAAUGGGGUGUUGGGUUUUGAUUAUGAAGGUGAGGAAGGGGAUGGGGAUGACGGUUUUGAGUAUGAGGAGGCGGGCCCCACGGGCUCAACCCCACUGUCGAGGAAGAAGAGGAAGAGGCUGGAGAAACAGGCCUCGUCGGCAUUCCUGUCCUCUCAGUUAGUGAAUUUGAAGCAAUGGGAGGCGAGGUUGGAGAGCCGGGAUGCAGAGAAGGAGCGGGAGCGGCUGCAGCGGGAGGAGUAUCGGACGGGAUUGGAGGAAGUGCGGGAGAAGGAGAGAGAGGCGAGGGAGCAGCUGAGGGAGAAGUCAAGGAGGGAGUGGGCCCGUGAGUGGGAGUUGAUGGAGGAGUGUUUUGAGAGGGAGAGGCAGAGGCGGGAGGAGGCGGUGGCGAAGGAUCGUGAGUGGGAGGAUCGAAUGGACCGGAGGCGAUUGGAGUGGAAGAAGAGGAUGGAUGGGAUGAUGAGUCAACAUCAAGCCUUGAUGGAUCGGAUACACUCAAGGAUCAUCCAUGAACAACAAACUGUUGCCAAUCAGUUGCUUGAGUUAGUGUCACAUUGGACGGGGCAUUCUGCGGGUCUUUCGGAUCAUACAGGUGGGCCAUACGUUUCACAGAUGAUGCAGAAUUUGCACCAUGCGAAUGGGUUGGUUCAUGGGGAGAAUCGGGUUAGAGGUGAUAGUCACGAUGAUCAAUUCAUAGUUGAUGGCUGAUAGAAAUUGCAUUAUUAAGCAAUCAAUGGUUGAAAAGACUGCUAUAGCAGUUGGAGGAUGCUCAAGUGCGUCAGACACCGGCAUCCGAAGACCUGAAACUAGAUACAGUUGGUUGAUUCUGGAAUGCCACAAGCUGGAAACAGGAGCAACUUUACUAGAUCAUAAUCAAGCAAUGAGGAGGAUGAAUUCAUCCAGGUGCAGAACACAUCUGAUAUAGACUGCGUUUGCUGUGCCGAAGAAGUUACACAGGUUCUAUUUCCGCGUAAACUCGCAAUUUAAAGUAUCCAAACAUGUUUGGGCAGUGCAAUGCUGGAUUGUGGUAGAUGGGCAAAAAUUAGAACCGUGCGAUCUUGACUAUGCCUAGUCAAGCAGGGGCAUGCCUACUACCAACUGGGCGACGUGGGUGACAACGAGCAUGAGAUCCAUCCGUCCAUCAGCUGCGUUGCCUCAUGCUUUCCCUGGGACCUGAAAUUCAGGCACAUGUAAAACUCAGGUGUGGCUGGGGAAGAGUUGGAGUGGGAUGCUCACCAUCUGUUGAGUAUGGGGCCCACUGGUUUAUAUAUGCCAUCCAGUCUGUUCAUCUAAUGCGAAUCCCUAGGACGAAGGGACUAUCCAAAAAAUCACGAUGUUCUGAAACUUAGGUGGGCCACACAACGUAAAUUAGAGAUUUUAGACAUGAUUUUACACUGUUUCCUAUGUUGAGGUUCACCUAAACUUCGGAUCUGUGUGAUGUUAAGGCUCAAGGCCGAACACUAGGUGGCACACCUGAUGGACGGUGUGGAUCUCAUG